CACUGGGUGGCUCCUUUCUUGGAUCCGAGUGCUGGAACCUCAGCGUCGCAACAGUGCUAAUGGCGGAUAGCCAUGGGUUGUUGCAAGAGUCGAAGACGCUGGUUGGAGCCGACGGUCGACUAUGAUCCUGACUUCCGAGAGCAGGCGAAGGUGGUGGGUCACACCUACCAUUGCCCCCAUGGACAUCUCAUGGAGAAGCUUGUGACGCACAAGGCAGGCUACCUUAGGUGCGAUGUCUGUGGCCGGCCACAAGGUGUGGGACGCAGGAUGCAAGGCUGCUGGGAUUGUGACUAUCACGUAUGCCAGUCUUGUGAGAAGCAGUUCGAGGAUAAAGAAUGGUAUGCUUCCUGGUUCAAAUUUUGGCACGGAGAUGCACAAGUCUCGCCUGAGGUUGAGGAGUGUUCGGCAGCAAGCACUGUGACUCCCAGAAAGGUGCCAAAGUGUCCACGGCAGCAUACCCUGUGUGAGUAUUUCAAGCCUGAGGAGCCCCCCGUACAGUGCGAUGUUUGCGGAAAGCGUUUGGCGCCGUAUGUCAGGAUUUGGGGCUGCCCAGAAUGUGACUAUGAUGUCGGGCCUUGUUGCGAGCAGAACUUCGAGGACCCCGACUUCCUCCUUCAAUGGCGACGGUGGCACCAGGUGCCGGAAGACCUCGAAGAGGACCCUCCGAUGCCCGCACCUCCGGAGCCACCUUCGUCGCAACUGUCCAGUCUGAACAGUUCUCCGAAGGUCACCCGCAUCAAGCCGCAGCAGUUGGAUGUGACACAGGAACUCCUCCAAAAAGACAAAGAAUCCAAGAAGGCCAUGGUGCUUGGAGGUAGAUGUGAAGUGGUGGCACCAGCCCUCAUGACGGCAGUUCUACAACAAGGCCCCAACCCCAGCGAGAAGCCGAGCCAACAACCGGUGAUUGGUGUGAAAGAGCCGCCAGUGAUCCUGAAGAUAACAAAGAAGAAGAAAGACUUCUCGAAGCUUCCUGAGGAACCACAAAGUAGCGGAGAACAGGGCCCAGAUGAUGGGACGUCCCCAGUCCCCGAGCCGCUCCCGGACGAGGUCGUCGAGACCGACGGGCCACGGGCCUCGCGGAGCUCCGUGAUGCCCGAGCCGCCAGAGGAGUGGCCUGUCGAGGAGACACCGGAGGUGCCCACCGAGGCGGCGGAGGAGGCACCCACGGAGGCCGCGCAGGUGGUCAAUGAGGAGUCGAGAAGGAAGAGGAGGGACAAGCACAGAGAUAGAGAGCGCAGAGAUGACAAAGAGAAGAAAGAGAGGAGGCAUGGGAAAGAUUCGAAAGAGAGGGACACCUCUGGCACACAACCGGUGGUGAGGCUUGCAGGUGUUGAAGAGGAGCAGGAAGCUAAGGAGGAAAAGCCUGAGGCUGAGAAGCGGCGACGAAAAAAGAAGACCCGACGGGAUGUGGCGAAUAGGGAUGGUGGCGAGUAGGGUGGCUGCAAUCCCAUGACAUGAAUCAGAUCGGAG